AGCGCGCUGCUGCGGACCGCGCGGCAGAGCGUCACCUCGACGCGCAGCAGCGACACUGGCGCAGUCAGCGGCCCCCGCGUGGAGCGGCAGCGGCAACGGCUCCGACGCGGAUGAUCACCGGCUCCAUCUCCCCGCCUCGGCCGCGCCAACGGUUGCCAUGGUGCCCAGGGCGCCGUACCCCUUCCCCACAGUGGACGUGCCCGACCACGCCCACUACAUCAUCGGCUCCGUCAUCCUCGUCAUCGGCAUCACCGGCAUGGUCGGCAACUUCCUGGUCAUUUACGCCUUCAGCAGGAGUCGCAGCCUGCGGACGCCGGCCAACAUGUUCAUCAUCAACCUGGCGAUCACUGACCUGCUGAUGUGCGUCACCCAGACGCCGAUCUUCUUCACCACCAGCAUGCACAAGAGGUGGAUCUUUGGAGAGAAAGGCUGCGAGGUGUACGCGUUCUGCGGCGCGCUCUUCGGCAUCUGCUCCAUGAUCACGCUGACGGUGAUCGCCAUCGACCGGUACUUCGUCAUCACGCGGCCUCUGACCUCCAUCGGCGUGCUGUCGCGGAAGCGGGCCCUGCUCGCCCUCGGGGCGGCCUGGAUCUACUCCCUGGGCUGGAGCCUGCCGCCGUUCUUCGGCUGGAGCGCCUACGUCCCGGAGGGGCUGCUGACGUCCUGCACGUGGGACUACAUGACUUUCACGCCGUCCGUGCGAGCGUACACCAUGCUGCUCUUCAUCUUCGUCUUCUUCCUGCCCCUCUUCAUCAUCAUCUACUGCUACUUCUGCAUCUUCCGCGCCAUCCGCUCCACCAACCAGGCUGUGGGGAAGUUCACCGGCAGCACUCACAGCCACGGCAGCAGCCGCGACUCGGUGAAGAGUUACCACCGGCUGCAGAACGAGUGGAAGAUGGCGAAGAUCGCCCUGAUCGUCAUCCUGCUCUACGUCAUCUCGUGGUCGCCGUACUCCUCCGUGGCCCUCACCGCCUUCGCCGGGUACGCAGACAUGUUGACUCCCUACAUGAACUCUGUGCCCGCCGUCAUCGCCAAGGCCUCGGCCAUCCACAACCCCAUCAUCUACGCCAUCACACACCCCAAGUACAGGGUGGCACUGGCCAAGUACAUCCCGUUCAUGGGCGUGCUGCUCUGCGUUCACCCUCGCGACCUCCGCUCGGGCAGCAGCAGCUUCGUGUCGACGCGCCGCUCCACCGUGACGAGCCAGUCGUCCGACAUCAGCAGCCAGUUCCGGCGGCAGGGCACCAACAAGUCCCGCCUCUCCUCCGUCUCCGACAGCGAAUCGGGUAUGACGGACACCGAGGCGGACCUGUCCAGUAUGGGCUCCAGGCCGGCCAGCCGCCAGGUCUCCUGUGACAUCAGCAGAGACACCACGGAGCUCCCCGACUUCAAACCCUCGUCCAGCUUCAAGUCCAAUUUGAAGAGCAACGACUCGGGCAUCUUCGAAAAGACGUCCUGUGACAAGGACUUCUCCGUGACGGGAGUCAGUGAACGCAGCAGCGUCCCGAAUAGCGGAGAUCACGCGGACGGACACGUGAAGAGAAGCGCGCUUGGCCGAAUCCCGAGCAUCGUCGUCACGUCUGAGACCAGCCCCUUUCUGCCCAUUGGACGAAAUGGUUCACGCACCUCCCGACACAAGACAGUCAACAACAACAACAACAACAACAACACAGGGACAGGGUGCGGAUAGACAGACUCCAUCAGCCAACCACCUGACCACCUCGCGUCCAGUCAGAUAUUAGAAACUCGCAGCUUGAAACUCGGACACAAACAAAAUCCGUCGGAGGAAGUGACUAGAUGACGUAGGACCAGAGAACCUGCUGCACCUCCAGCCCAGUUCGCAACCAGAACACAGAUCUUAGACCGAGAACUGAGCGAGGAGUCCAAAACGUUGAGCUUUUACCAAUGAAAUUAGAAUAACGAUCCAUGAAUUAUCACCCAAAGACGCAGGUAAACUCCUUGUAUGAGCUUGAGCAUAGUUCCCUCCUUCUAGAUGAGACGUGUCGCCGCUCCCCGAAGCGAUGACACUAAUGAUUCCCUAAUGAUUGAGUUUUGAUCUGGGAAAUCUCCAACAGUCGUAAAUGGUGAUCUGGAAACAACAGGCUUUUUUUUCGUAAGACUAUUUUGGAGUUUCGGACGCGAGCUACGAGACAAUGCUGCCUUACGAAAAAGUGGGUGUUGUAAACUCGGCUCCGAAAGAACGGUCUGCAACGUGUACACCAGCAAAAAGUUUCACCACAAAGAACUUUCUCCCCAGCGUUUCCAGAUCACCAUUUCCAAGGUUUCCAGCCUGGCGAACACACGAACACGCCGAGAGAACAGGGACGAAUGUGAAACGGGUCGGAGCUCAGAAGACGUCGAACUCAAAGUGUUGUUGCAGAGAUUCGAUUGUGUCAAAGCAUUAGUAUAUUAUAUUGCAACGAUCUAUUUAGUAUUAGAUUUCCAUCUUCCAUCCCGGGUGAAUUUUGGAUCGUCCGUGUCAGACAGCUGGAAGGAUCUGAUCUCUGUUUCGUUUGGUCCGAGGUUCAGAUCUGAAGGUUCCGGCACAAAUUUAAAGGUUAUUGCCAAAAUCCAACGCUGGAGACUCAUUUUUCGGCUCGUUGGAGCAAGAAGAAGCAGAGAGACGUCACUGGACACUGAGCACAUUCGGAUGCUUCCAAGCUUCUUACGAGUUCGAGCUCGAGUUUCAUAAUUCACAUCAAGCUCAGGAGAGUAAACUGCUGAUUUAAAGGCCUGCGACUGUGUAGUCGUGUUCCACUUAGUCGAAAGACUCCAGACGUUUAUUCCGUGUUAGGCUGCUCUUUAAAAUAGAAUGUGAAUUAUUGGUCAGACAAAAUAACCGCUACUCUAAAAUACUUUUAACAAUAAUUAAGAAGACUACCUGAUAUCAAAUUGCUCCGUAAAGAAAUUUACCUCCUUUUACUUUAAGUUUAACCCAAAGAAAAUAUAUUUCCCUGCCCCUCAAUUUGUUCCUAAUUGAUAAGUAUAAAAAAACAACUCUAAUGGUUCAUUCACACCAAACGCUUCGCGUAACGUGUCCUAUGUUGUUCUCUUUAGACGAGUUCCUCUGAGACGGGCGACGGUCCGAGGAACCGCGAGCGGGAGUUUUCUCGUGUUUCAGGAAAAAGAGCAAAGUGUUAAUAUGAAUGGAGCGUGUUGAGAUUUUUUUGCAGCGCUUUCUGGUGAUUUUUCUACGAACCCUGUGGUUUCCUGUUGGUUUCCUCGCUGACUGUUGCUUUUGACUCAUUUCAGCUCCGUGUGUGUUUUCAGCUCAGAACUCAAAGACUCAAAGGUUUUCAUCUGCUUCGCUGUGAGUGAACUCGAGGACGAAAUAUGAUCCGUACAACCCAAAUUUAAAAACCCGGCGUGUUCGCUCUAUAAAGAACCUGGAUGGAAGUUUCUUUUAUUCUUAUGUAGCCAUACACUUUCUUUCUUUUUAUUAAAGAUGCUUUUACAAAGUUCUAUGCUAAACAAGUUUCAAACAAUUAAAAGGAAGAGGUGCAGUCUUGUUUUUAAAGCAAUUCAAUUUGCUAUCGACAGUUCAGUAGAAUAGUCAAAUUGGCCGCUGCUUUUGUCAACUACCGUCUGAAAUAAGGACCAAUUGAAAAUCUGCCACCGGAAUUAGGUGCCAGAGUGAAGAAGGUGCACAAUUAACGAAUAAAUACAAUUUUAACAGGCAGUUGGGACAGGACAGUGUUUUGUUUUUUACAAAAAGUUAAAUAAUGAACACUAUAUAUUUACUCUAGUACCAGACUCAACACAAAUAUUCUCAAAUCACAGCAUGACCACAAGCAAUGUUUCAGCUCCACUCAUCAGUGAAAACAAAAAACAGAUCAAAACCUCAAAUCCCUCUGCUUUAUUACAUCAUCAAAUGGCAAACACCUCGUUCUUUUUCUUUCAUUCUGCCUAUAAAUCCUUGUUUCAAUCCAAAAGGAGAGUAUCUACUAGCAACCACCUUGGAAAGACAGUAACUGACGGACCCACAUGAUAUUUUGUGAAAUCCUCUUGCCAUCUGAUAUUAGAUUUGGAUAAUACCUGCGUACGAUGGCGAGCGACAGGAUUUUCCAAAAUAGCCGACGGUCUUCUUCUACUGAUUGAAAUCACCUCAGUGAAUGUUGGAAGCCCUGAGGCCUGCAAAUGCACUUUUGUUAAGAAACAUUGAUGUUUUUAAAAUGUUUUUCAAAGUUUCCCUGUGUUCGGAUGUCGUUUGGUUUGUUUUUAUUUCUGCUUGAGUUUCUUAUCUCCUUGUUUUUUUUCAUUGCAUAUUUAGAGUGUAUAUGUUGCUGAAGGGUGACGUGGUGGAAUGUGACUGUGAUGUUGUGACGGUGUUUGUACGGGGGCUGAAAAGGGGACGUCGCUGUUGAUUGUGACGCGGCUCUUGAAAAGCCGAACUAACCCGUUGGUCCGCGUGGACUUGAUGUAUAUUCCCCGAGAGUCUGACUGAAUGUUUUCAUGAUGUAACACAGAGAUAUGAACUCGUGAUGGGAGUUUUCAUCAAUGCAACCUAGUCAACAAAGCUCAACUUACCUAAAACAAAAGAUUAACAUUUGCUAAACACCUAAAAAGGCUUAAAGAGCUAACCAAUCUGUUCACUUACCUAAACCACGCUACUGUGGCUAGUGGCUAAAGGGAGUUGUUUGCCAACAUUACACUGGCAUCGUCAGUCAGAAGUGGGCUGUUAUAUAAAGUGAUUUAAUAUUAGCUAAGAAGAAAUCCAAAUUAAAGCAUUUACCAAACCAGCUGUGUGGGUAAAGACGGGCUAAAGUGGAACUAAGCUACACUGCGACGCAACGUUCCUCACAAUGUCUUUGGGGAUUAAACUGGUCUGUUAGCUCAAAUGUUUUCAUUAACUAAAUUACACCACCAAGCCAAACCUAAUCAAGAUCGGGUGCUUUAUCUGAAAUUGGAAGCUAAAACCAAGUAGCUGCUAAACUGUUGGCUACACUGACUCGGCGUAUUUUGGCUGAGCUAAAUGUAGCUAGCUGAACCACUUUGAUUGAAAUUGAGUUGUUGCUGAAUGAUUGAUAGAUUACUUCGCCCCAGGUUUUAGUGGGUGAACUAAACCCAUUUAAAAAAACACAACUAUUAUCCAUCUUUCACACAACUUUUUAAACUGCUUUGAUGGCUUGUACAUUCACUCCCCUCCUGUUAGGGACACGAACCUCUACGCCGGUAUAUUCAAAUCUGCUGGAGUUCAAUGGCAGAGUACAGAAUAUUGCACAGCAGCAGUAUAAUGCAGUAAAUCUCAACGUAGUGUUGAACAUACAGUAAUGAAACUGAGUGUACGCCGGUGUUUGAUAUAGUAGUAAUUGUGUAUUAAAAGUGUACGUUCUGAAAAAAGAAAACGAUGUUUGACAACGGGAUGAGGAUUUUAUUGUAGAUUUGUUACUCCUGUUGAUUUCAGUGUUGCUCUUAUUUAUUUUUCUAAAUAAACAUCUAUUAUUCAACGUGCAACGCA